GUGUAAGAAAAGGAGCAAUUCAGUGGGUGAAAAUGACUCAUCACUAGGCUCUACUUUCAGCUCGAAGGUAUUUGUUCAAUUCAUUUCCGGGUGCCAACAGGAACCAAGAAAGAUGAAAUAAAGCCAAGCAGAAGUUGUCAAACGGAAUAGCCUAAAGGACUUGCCUGUAACUUUUGUUUAAAAUAUUUUGGCUCAUUGUGUAGCAGUCCAGAAUGAUAGAAAAAAGCCUGAUCUUUGGUGUUUUAUUGUUCCUGAAACUGCAAGUGUGCUGUUGUUUUUAUACCCAACAUACCUUACCGGAUAUUGAAAAUGCACACUUUAUUGAAGAAUGUGUCAGAGUGCAUAAUAGAUUCCGAUCAAGUGUGGACCCACCAGCUAGCAACAUGAAACGAAUGAGCUGGGACCAUGAUCUUGCAAAGACUGCUUUUGGCUGGGCAAAUAUGUGCCAAUUUAAUCAUAAUCCUGAUCUCAAGUCACCAGGGAAGGCCCACCCAAACUUCACAAUAGUUGGAGAAAAUAUUUGGACUGGAACCAUUUGGGUUUUUAAUGUGACUUCAGCCCUCACUUCUUGGUACAAUGAAGUCAAAGAUUACAAUUAUGCUACUCGAAGUUGUAAACAUGUAUGUGGGCACUAUACUCAGAUGGUUUGGGCAGAAACCUACAAAGUUGGCUGUGCUGUUCAUUUUUGUCCUAUAGUUCAAGGCUUUCAUGGAUCUAAUGCUGCACACUUCAUUUGUGACUAUGGACCUGGUGGGAAUUAUCCAAGAUGGCCAUAUAAAUCAGGAGUAACGUGCAGUGAAUGUUACAAAGAGCCUUGCAUAGACAGACUUUGUGGUGAAGUAUGGGUGAAGCCAUAUUGUGAUACCUACUGCAUCGUUGUUCUAGUCCUGAGAACAUCUUCAUUUUUAAUAACUUUUGUAACUGUCUUUUUUCUGAAGCAACAUUAUCCCAGACUGUAUAUGUAUAAAUAAAUUGGAACAAAAAAUAAGCACUUUUGUAAGGUAUUAAACAAUGAAUUGAUAAGAA